UCACAGCACAAAAAAGUGAAAAAAGUAAACGACUUUAUGGUUUUCGCCUCUAUAAAUAAAAGCAUACAAUCAACCCCCAGUUUUCAUCAAGCUUUGUUUUCUUCCAAGACUUUUAGACCUCUCAUUAAGGAAAAGAAAAGUUUUGGAGUGUCUGUUUGCAACUUUCUUGGAUUUUAUCAGUCUCUUUGGUCUCUUGAAUUCUAUCUAUUGAUACACACACAAAUGGCCAUAAAGAAGAACGGGUUCAUUCCAAGCUGUGCCCCAGAGGAACUGAAGAAAGUUCUGAAAGCAGUGGCAUCCGAGUGGGGAGAUAUGAUAAAAGAUAUGGAAGAAUUUCACGUGGUUCCGUUGAAAGGAGCACUAACCAACGAGGUUUUCCAGAUAAACUGGCCGACAAAACAUGGCGAACUUCAUCAGAAAGUGUUGGUCCGGGUUUAUGGUGAAGGUGUGGAGGUGUUUUUCAAUAGGGAUGAUGAGAUUAGGACCUUUGAGUGCAUGUCCAAGCAUGGUCAAGGGCCAAGGCUUCUCGGUCGCUUUCCAGAUGGAAGAAUUGAGGAGUUCAUUCAUGCCAGGACACUCUCUGCGGCCGACCUCCGUGACCCUGAAAUAUCUUCCCUUGUAGCAGCCAAAUUAAGAGAGUUCCACAAUCUUGACAUGCCUGGUCCCAAGGAUGUACUUCUCUGGAAGCGAUUGAGGACAUGGCUUAGUCUAUCAAAGAAAUUCUGUUCCCCGGAAGCCGCAAAAGAGUUCGGCUUGGAUAUUCUCGGAGACGAAAUCAGCAUCCUAGAGAAAGAGUUAUCACAGGGCUAUCAAGAAAUCGGGUUUUGUCACAAUGAUUUGCAAUACGGUAACAUAAUGAUGGAUGAAGAAACAAGAGUAAUUACCUUAAUCGACUACGAGUAUGCAAGUUACAACCCUAUUGCUUAUGAUCUUGCAAAUCACUUUUGUGAGAUGGCAGCAAAUUAUCAUUCUGAGACACCCCAUAUUUUGGACUUUAGCAUAUGCCCUGAUAUGGAGGAGCGACGAAGAUUCAUCCGUGCAUAUAUAGCAUCUUCCGGUAAUGAACCCAGUGAUGCUGAAGUGGAGCAGCUACUUGUUGAUGCAGAGAAAUACACUCUUGCUAAUCAUCUGUUUUGGGGCUUAUGGGGAAUAAUCUCGGGUCAUGUAAACAAGAUAGAGUUUGACUAUCUGGAGUAUGCAAGGCAGAGGUUUCAGCAGUACUGGUUUAAGAAAACCCUUGCGCUUGAGUCCCUCACUCUUUAAGGCAGCCUAAGCAUGGAUCGCCGCAGGGUUAACAAGGAACAGCUAUAGGUUUACAUAGUAUUACUUAGAAUAAACCUAGCCUGUUGAUAGGGGUUGGUGAAAAAGAAUUUGUAAAUAACUGUUGUAAGGUUACUUCUGCCAUGGGUGUAUAAUCACUUUUGAAGUAAUGUCCAUUUAAUGAUUCAAAUUCUUCUA